AGCUUCGCCGCCAAUGAAGUGGACCUAAGGAGGAAGAAAGUUGCAAGAGAAAUAUUCAGUACAAGAAACAUUACGAGAAGGUCAUCGCUCGAAGGAAUCUUCAAGGAUGGCUCCCCUGAAAUAAUGAGCACACGCAGAUUUGGUGCACAAAUUACACGGAAGGCGGCAUAGCUUUUUCCGUGGUGGCGCGCGGACACACAGACGUGCACCGGGUGCACCGACGACUGGUAUGGCUACUGCUUAUCAGCCGAUACCAGCCGGCUCCGAAAGGGACCAGGAUAUGCGAGGUGCAUUCGCCUUGUUUACAGAGCCCCUGAAGCCGCGUCUUCUGUACCCGAGAACAUGGAGGACUUGAAAGUGUUGGCAAAGACAGAGCUGGGAGAAACAGAAGAAGUCAAACGGGAAUCCUUAGCAGAAAUUAAGAAGCUUCUCGAUGAAAACAGUCAGCUGCAAAUUCCCCGUGAUGACGACGUCCUCCUCAUGUUUCUUCGUGCCCGAAAAUUCAAGGUGCCUGAAACCAUCAGGACAAUCAAGAGAUAUUUGCGUGCUCGCAGAGACAUUCCAGAGUAUUUUGACAACUUGACUCCGUCGAGCAUUCCCUACCAGGCUGUCUUCAAUGAAUACAAGCUCAUCAUGUACGCAAAGGAAAGAGAUUCCCAAGGAAGGGCUGUGGCUUACGUCAAUUUUGGCGCCUGGACUCCAAGCAUAUGCUCUAUGGAUGAUCUGGCAAGGUGCGUGUUAGUCGCCCUGGAAUCGGGCCUCCAAGACGAAGAAAUACAGAUUCGAGGAGGUGUAGCGCUUAUAGACCUGAAAGGCUUCUGCGCUCGCCACCUGGUGCAGCUCACACCAAAGUUUGCCCGAAAGGUCAUUAUUCUGGCACAGGCAAGUGUAAAACACGCAUUAUUCACUGAACAAGAGAUUUUUGACACUUACAAGCCUACAAAUGAUUCCGAGUGUUCACAGAAUGCAGACAUUGAUUUCUAA